AUUUUAUUUUUAAUCUCCUCCUCCAAUUUAGGUCUGAGUUUCAGCCUUUUCUCUCUCACACACACACACAGUCUCACGCACUCACACACUCAAAAGGCUUGCUCACACGUUUUCUCUAUCCCUUUCUCUUUCUCACUCACUCUCUCUCUCUCUAGGGUUUUCCAUAAUUUUCAACAAUUGAAUCCAGCUCAUAAUUACUCAUAAACUACUGGAGACCAUUGUAUAUUACCAUUAAUCUUCAGCAUUACUCCUCUUCAAUUGGAUGUCUCUCAAUGCCUGUAGUGUAAGUCCCUUUUCUACUUUUUGCCUUCAUGUUUAUGUGUGGAUGAAGGAAUUGCAUUUUGUGAUUUGAUUUGUUGUUUUUUGGUGUUUCUUCUUCCCUUUUUAAUGGAAUUGAGCACUUCAGGAAAAGUGUUUUGAAGUGACAUUGUGAAUUGGGAUUUUGUUGUUGUUGUUGUUGUUGUUGUUGUGAUUUACUUUCUGAAAUGAGCUGCUUUUAGUUCACUGUUUGGUGAUUUUGGGAUGAUUGGUUUUGCGAAUUUCGUGGAAUGCUGUUGAAUUAGCUGAAGGGGAACGGUCAAUUUUCAUGUAAAAAGCAAAGGAAGGAGGAAAAUGGCUUGAGUUUUUGUUUGUUUUUUUGAUUUCUUUCUCUUUUCUCGUGAUUGUGUAUUAAUAGGGAUGGGAACAUGAGGGAUUUGCAAUUCUGGGGCGAAUUAUAGAAUGAGCCAAGCGGAGGUUCCAAGGAUGAAGCAAAAGCCGGCAGCUCUUGUUCCUCUCGGUACUUUGAUUGGUCGUGAGCUCAGAAAUGAGAAAGUUGAGAAGCCUACUGUGAAGUAUGGGCAGGCUGCUCUCGCCAAGAAAGGGGAGGACUAUUUUCUGAUCAAGCCUGAUUGCUCAAGAGUUCUUGACAAUCAGUCUGUUCCUUUUUCGGUUUUUGCGAUAUUUGAUGGACAUAAUGGCAUAUCAGCUGCUAUCUUUGCAAAAGAGAAUCUUUUGAACAAUGUUUUGAGUGCUAUUCCUCAAGGACUCAGUAGGGAAGAAUGGCUUCAAGCCCUACCCCGGGCAUUGGUUGCCGGUUUCGUGAAAACUGACAUAGAAUUUCAGCAAAAGGGUGAGACAUCAGGAACAACUGUCACAUUUGUGGUGAUUGAUGGAUGGACUGUGACUGUUGCAUCAGUUGGGGAUUCUCGUUGCAUAUUGGACACCCAAGGGGGUGUGGUUUCGCUGUUAACAGUUGAUCACCGAUUGGAGGAGAAUGUUGAGGAACGGGAACGUGUAACUGCUAGUGGCGGUGAAGUGGGAAGGCUAAACGUCUUUGGAGGCAAUGAGGUUGGCCCACUGCGCUGUUGGCCUGGUGGAUUGUGUCUUUCGAGGUCAAUUGGUGAUACGGAUGUUGGGGAAUUCAUUGUCCCGAUUCCUCAUGUUAAGCAAGUGAAGCUCUCUAAUGCUGGAGGAAGACUUAUUAUUGCGUCUGAUGGUAUAUGGGAUGCACUAUCAUCUGAUUUGGCUGCACAGUCUUGCCGGGGCUUACCAGCUGACCUUGCUGCUAAACUUGUUGUUAAGGAAGCUCUUAGGACACGAGGUCUUAAGGACGAUACAACCUGCUUGGUUGUUGAUAUUAUUCCAUAUGACCAUCCUGUCCUGCCCCCAACUCCGAAAAAGAAACGAACAUUGCUGAAUUCUCUUUUUGCUGGGAAGAGAUCUAAUUCUAUGAAUAAAGGUAGUAAACUCUCUGCAGUUGGGGUUGUGGAGGAAUUAUUUGAAGAAGGCUCUGCAAUGCUUGCUGAAAGGUAAUCCAACUGACGAGCUUGUGAUGCUUUUGUUCUGUAUUAGUCCUUCCAAAAAGAGUAUUCUUAUGGUAUUUCUUAUGGAAUGAUCAUCUUCUCGAUAAUCAUCUAGACAAGUUACUUAUGGACGUUAAUGUUUUACAAAGAUAAAGGCUACAGAAAUGCAUGUCAGUGAGUUUUUCUGAGUAAUGAUUGCAAUUCCAUUGCUUGUGUGUUGUUGAGCUAGAACCUAGAUGAAUAAAGCCCUUUUUUUUGGCUGAAUCAUGGUAUAGUUGAAGGCUGUCAAUUUUGUAUUAAAUAGAUGGCCUUUGGACAUAGGAGUACUAAGUGUAUGAAAGUAUUUUAUUAUUCAAUUAAUAUUGUGUUCAGUAAUCUUGCAUUGUGCAUGUGAUUUUUCCUAGCUGCUCUCUCCCUCCCUCACUAGUGGCUUUCAUCUGUUUACCAUAUGCAGCCUGUUCUAUUAUUUAGCUUGGGAGGCUAAUGCGUUUUCUGUUUUUCAGGUUAGGUAAAGAUUUUCCUUUGGAUCCAAACUCGGGGCUCUUCAAAUGUGCAAUCUGCCAGGUGGAUCAGCAGCCGGGUGAGGGUUUGUCUGUAAACUCGGGACCCUUCUUUUCACCUUCAUCAAGGCCCUGGGAAGGACCUUUCCUUUGUGCAACCUGUCGUAGGAAGAAGGAUGCAAUGGAGGGGAAAAGGCCUAGCCAACCAACAAUAACUGCAUAAUCAGCUCCUGAAGUAUAUAUGGCCAUAUUUUUUUGAUUUGGUGGUAUGAGCUGACUCAUUUUGCGACUGCCUGGGUUACUCUUAUAUAGGUUUUGUGUAAGGAAUGCUGUAGUGAUAUUAUGAGUUAAGUAGAUAGUUUUGUCGGAGUGGUAGAAGUGUGUGUUGAUGAUUCCUGUUUGUGCUCAGCUGUUUGACUAACUGACAUGGAAAAGACCUACUGAUUAUAUAUAUAUAUGCUCUUCAUUAGUAUGAACUGCUAACAGUUGGAAUUUUUAUGUAAAGAACGAACCAUGGGAAUGAUAUUCUAUGCGAAUUUUGCAGUUUCCCCCAUUUGAUUUCAGUUAUUUUCUUUCCCCUCUGUUGGAAAAUGCUUUGGAUUGUAAAAUUUGAAUGUUGUGAUAUAAUGUUGCUGUAAAGCCUGCAAAAUGUCUACUUAUUACACAUCCAGUUCUAUAAAGAACGUAUACUACACGUAA